GCCCUGCCUGCCUGCCUGCUCGCGAUCGUUCUGGGCGGGGGGCUGGGGCUGGGGCUGGCUCUCGCUGGCUGGCUGGCCAUAUCUUGUCGAUGGAUCGAGCUGCUCGGUUCGGCAUUCGCCAUUUCCUUCGGCCCGCCCGCUGCUGCACGUACAUGCUUUUCGCUGGCUGCGGAUGCUGAUUUCAACCCGGCUCCCACCCCAGCCACCCCAUCAUCUUUCUCCUCGCGUCUCCUGCCCCUCUCCUCCUCCUCCCCUCCACGCCCCCAUCAUCAUCAUCAUCAUCCUCCUCCUCCUGCUCCUUCGCUCGCUUGCUUGCCCGCAGCGAACUGCCUGACCCACCCGCGCUGGCAGCGUCUGCUCCUGCUCCGGCUCGAGCUCUUCUACAGCUCUCAUCGCCGCAGAGGGCGUGCGUUCUUUCACACUCCGCUCCCCGUUCAUCGUUCUUUGUUCCGCCUCCUCCUCCUCCUCCUUCCUCUCGCCCCCUCCUUCUCCGCAGAUCCCCCCUCUCCUCCCCGCCUGCUCAAAGCAGAUCUUUCUGCUGAUUCCGGAACCAACUCCUCUGCGCUUCCUCUUUAGUUUCGACGCAUAUCAUAUCUUCUCCACGCUCUCUAUCCUCGCUCCUUUGAUAUCUUGCUCGCAAGCCAGUAAGCACUCAGCCAGCCAGCAAGCAAGCAAGUCAUUCGCGAGCGAGCAAGAAGGCUGCCUCGCCCGGGCGUGCCUGGCUCUGGCUCACUGCUCUACCACCCGUCGUCGCACCGUGGCAUGAUUUCCAGCUAGGAAGUGUGCGGCGCAUCAAGGACACGGAGGAAUAUGCUGUAAAGUGGGGAUUGUCUGGCUUGUAGAUUGAACCUUCCGGUGGUAGUCUCCACUUGUAUAGGGGGCUCGUGGUAUGCCUCGAGUCGUAAGGUUAUAGUGCAGAUCUGUGUACAGCUGGGUCGGGCCUGUGACCUGUUUAUGGUGCUUAACCAUCCACUUGUAUAGGAGGCCUUGGUUGUUUGAGACUCUUUCAAACACCGGCAGAAGGAGCAAAGCCUAUCACCUUGUGGUUCAUAUUGACUGUGAACCAUCUUUGGCAGGCACAGGUGACAGCCGAGGAGGCUACGAAGUAGCCAAAGCGGAAUCGUAGGAAAGCGGGGUACCCUUCAUUUUCAGGGGUUACACAGUCUAGAACGCUGGAGAUCUGUGCGAGAAACCUGGGGCGUGUGCAGCAGCUGGCUGCUUUGAAUAACUUAGAGAGCAGAGCCGAGAUGAAUGAGAGACGAAGAGUACGAACAGGUUUCCGCAAUGACAUAUGUGAGGAGGAGGUUAUUUGCCCGAAGCCUCGCCGAGUAACCAAUGUCUCAUGUCCCGCCCCCGACUUUUUGAAGCCCUCCCGCAGACGACGGAGUCAUACUACUCAAGUCCGCGCGGAUGGAGAAGCAGGAUUCGAGAUUCUUGAUAUAUUUUUGAGCAGAAGUGGUUACGGCGACUCUUCAAAUUUUGGAUGUUCGCCACCAUAUUUCUGUGGCUCCCCUCCUAGCCGCUCCGGGAACCCACUUAUUCACGACGUACAGUUUACUCAUAUUCACCAAAGAAUCCCUCCUGCACCUUCCGUGCUCUCUUCGCUCUCUUCACAGCAAAAGUCUUCUUGUGCACCUGUUUACGGAGGAAACCCAUCGGUUCGCGUUGAGGGGUUUGCUUCAUCGGCGGAAUCGCGGUGUAGUGUUCCUGCGCUUGCAUAAUGAGAAGCAAGCUGAGCAGGCUCGGUGCGAGAGUUCAACACACCUUGUUAAUCUUAGACUCGAGGCUUUACAGGAGGUUCGCGUAUGUCACUUACUGUGGUGAUGUGGGCCUAAAUUUUGGUCCUCUUUCGGUCUCCUUUAUAGAGGUUUCUGAUUCUUACAAGCAUGGAGCUCGUUUGGAUUUUUCUCCCGGACGAAAGGAAGUUCAAGUUUCACCGAGGGCAGAGGCGGGCUUUGUCUCAGCUUAUAGCGAAGCUUUUGGUACUGUGUGCCCUGCUGUUGGUGAAUCAAAUCCUGUGUACUUUCGGGAAGCAGAUCUGGACUGUACCAGCUUGCGAGUGCGUUCAGUGUACACAAGCUAUAUCAGAUUUAACCCCAAUACCCUUGCGACCACUUGCAAGUUCUUGCCCACUCCCAUUGGUGCUGCAAGCUUGCUCAUUAACAACGUUAUCUUAUGUGCUCUCCCAUUCGCUGGGUUUUGAAUUUUCUAAGAGCAGACAUGAGUCAUGAGUGUAGGUCUUCCAUUUUUUACGGCCACUAGUUGUACAGAUGUGCACUUUGUAUCUUAUUGUAAUUUCUGACAUUGAAGAGAGGUCCCUGUAUUUUACUGCCAGCCAGCAGAUUGUAAGAGCAAAUUUGUGAGAAAUCCUUUGUGCAAAUAAAGAUUUAAUCCUCCCUGUUUAUU